AUGGGCAACCAUCCUUCGGCACUGCAGGAGGUGACGCGUGUGCUGGACACCUCAGUGGCCUCCUUGGGCGCGCUGAGCCGUAUUGUCACAGACUCGCAGCAGGCCGCUCGAUUGGGAGAGCUCAUCUCCAAGCAUGAUUUCCCGGUGCUUCUGCGAGCUCUUACUUCGCGAGAACGUCUUCCUGCCGAUUUCUUUCCAACUUGGAUCCGGAGAGCAGGGGGUUACUUCCCCAAGUUUGCGCAGGUCCUGUCUGUCCGUGCAGAUUUGAUUGACGAUCCUGAAGUUCUUGCUGGUUUGAGUCGCUGCCUGGAAGAUAUGCCGAAAAGGCCGAAUGCCGAUGUGGUCGCGGUACUGGAACAUGUCGGCUGGCACGAUGCGUCUGCGGGGCUGGGGCAGGCCUUGAAUGCAGGAACUGUCGCACAAGUGAACCAGAUGAGUCUCUACGGCCGUGCAGUCCUCAAAGUCACCUUUCCCGACGUUCAGCGUCGCUUUGUCACCGACUUCCGAUUGUUUUCUCACGCCCAAGCUAUCCUUCGCGCACUGAAUCUGCAGGAUGACAAGGCUCAGAUCGUUGGAGCGAUGUUCGAGGCGGUUGGGAAAAGCGAGGGUCACGUCCUACGGGAGUUUGACCUCACCUCUGAAGCGAAAGCUCUGUGGGGCGCACAGGAGCUACUUGCAGAGUGGCCCUCGGUCUACGAGUCGUGGACGGCGGCCAUGACUGGCGUCUUGGAACGCGCUGCUGCGGCAUUUCCGCCUCACCUCUUGCCCUUGCUGCAGGUGGCCCAAGAACAGUCCCGGACGUGGCGGAUCGGGGUUCCGACACCCGUGGCUGAUCGUGUGGCACCAUCUGCCUUGGUCAUGACGCAUGCUGGAGGAAGAUCCCUGCAAGAGCUGGCAGAAGGAGGACCAGCAGCCCAGCAGGAGGCUGCUCUGGUAUUCCUGGGCUUCGCCGUACCCUAUCUUGGGUGGCUCUUGCUGUGCAAAAGCUCCUCCCACUUUGCCCACGUCGAUCCGCACUUUGGCAACUUCCGCUGGGAACGCGAGACGGAGAUGCUGUGGGUUUUAGACUGGGGCAGCACGAUUCAGCUCGAUGACGAGCUGCGGCGGUCGCUAUGUUUGUUGGUCUCCUGUCUCGCCGCCGGUGGAGAGGUAAGAAUUGGGGUGUCUGGCGAUGAUGACGUCCGAGUGGCUCAAGUGGUGCGUGGUCUCUUCAAUGCCACCAGUCAGGUCGCGGCUCAGGAGUCAAUUGAAAACGCCGCGGCGGACCAUCUUCUGCAGAACAUCCGCCAUGAGGUCGUGCCAGUCGUUCGCUGCUUGGCCAUCUUGGGUGGUACUCUGAAAAUGAUCCAGCAGCGGAUACGUGCAGACCACCAUCAGCGCAUUCCUCUCUCCUUGGCAAUGGUCUGGGAUCCCUUCGCCACCCAGGGCUUCGCAUGA